AGUUUAUCGACGUUUCAGUGUGCUACUAGAGCGUAUCUGGCCGAUCACGCAUAAUAGCAUUUUCCGCCUUCUUUCGUCCGAGAAAUCGAAUCUGCGUUGGAGGAACUUUAAAUACUGCAACGUAAUCGGUGAUUACCGUGGAUUAUUUGUUUACAGACACGGAUUUAUAUCACACAUCACAGUCGUGAUUAUCUGUAGAUAAUUGUUCACUUUGUACACGUCGCGCAGCCAAGUGAGGAUAGAGAAAUCUAGGAACCAUUGGGCCAGAGCAAGAAGUGAUUUACUGCAAUAUUUUCGCCAGGUAGUUUUCAUACCGCUGUGGGUAGUUGGUAAUGUAGUUGACAACCUACAUUCCCUUUUAACAUGUUACCAUUUCUGUAUGUUGGUAUUUGUGUCCUGAACUACGUGUUAUCCUUUCUCUAUGUUGGCAAUUGUGCACUCAACCACGGAAAUCGAAGCCAUCUCGAAAAGUUUUGAUGUGUGUGAUUCCAGUUAGCAAUCGCUACUUACGGAAUUCGAAGGCUGUGGAAAGUGUUCUGUUGUGAGGUGAAAAUGAGAAAUGUUUAAGAUAUGCGCAAUGGUUAGAAUACAAACAGAAUUAAUUGUAAAUUUAGAUAACCCUGAUUGACGUGUAGUGUUGUAGUGCCCUGCGUUCCUACUCCAUAACAACAAUGUUUCGAUCAACAUUAUCAAGAGAGAGACAUCGGCGUAGCCCUGAAAAGAUGGAAAAUAAUGGAUCUUCAAAGGCAAAUGCUGCUACAACAUUGAAUUCAGUUGGAGAUAUUAAGAUCGAUAAUUCAGCCACUGUUCUGCUCAAGAUUGCCACUUUGUAUGCGGAGCGAUUGAUGAGUGAUAUUUGUCUUGUGGUUGGAGGAACAGAAUAUCCAGCUCAUCGUCUCAUUCUUUGUGCCUCAAGUGAAGUUUUCCAGGUGAUGCUGAUGAAUCCUGAAUGGAGUGAAUCCCAGGAAAGUUGUGUGGUGCUUCAGGAAACACCAGCUUGUGCUGCAAUCUUUGGGGCCUUUCUACAGUACUUCUACACUGGCCAGAUUUGCAUCAAUCACCUGAUAGUGAUGCCAGUACUUGCCUUGGCUGAUAAAUAUAAUGUUAAGGACUUGGUGAAGCUGUGUAUCGAGUACAUGUGUGAGCACAUAGCACACGCUGCUGCAAACAAUCAGCUCAUCUCGUGGUUGCAGUACACAUUAACGUGCGGCCACUACCAAGUCGCGCGGGUGUGUCAGAACUUUGUAAAAUGGAACCUGGAGCUUGUGGCAGAAACAACAGAUUUUGGUAACUUUGAGCCGGAGAUUCUUGUGAGUCUGCUUCAGCAGAAUGACCUUGUAAUCCACAAUGAAAUGACACUCUACAGUUGUGUAGUUAAGUGGUUGAGCCUGCAGAAGGAACGGUUGUCUCGUGAUACAGCGGACACAAGCGACGAUGUAAAUGCUCACAUGGGACAGUUGGUGGUGGAGGUGAUGUCACACGUUCGCUUCCCCAUGAUGUCUCCACGGCAGCUUGCCGACCUGCUCCUCUCUCCAUUAACGAAGACUUACAAGGAAUUCUUUGUGGAGCGCAUGGCAAUUGGGAUGGCUUUCCAUUCAGGUCAGACAGAACUCGUGCAGGAAGUGCUGCAGACCGAAGAGGGACGAUUGCUCUUCACUCCUCGUCUCUACACGGCAGACACGUGGAGUACGCUGCUGUCGGUGGAGAACUUCCCCCUUCUACCUGCUUAUCACACUCGUACGCUAGUAUUCUCGAGUCGUUCAUCUCUGGCGGAACAUGCUGGUGACCACGCCUGCGAGUGGGUGGUCGAUGUUUACCCUAAAGGGGUGUGGUUCCGUAAGUUUUACCUGAUCGUCUGGCAGGGAACUGUGGAGAUACCAGAAAGUGUGUUGCGUACGGUUCGUCUGUCUGUGAUGUGCAAGGACCCUCCUCCGGCGGGUCACACUCGUGUCAAAGUGGGAAUUCUUAUUCGCGGGGUUCAGGAUGGCGUCGAACACGUUAGGACGGUAAUUGAACGUAAUCACCACUUUGGAGAAACUGAUAAAGUUUUGAAUUUUGAUGACUUACUAUCAUUUGAUGAGCUGAAUAAUCCUCCAGGAGGGUUAUCUAGUGGAGGAACAAGUAGUCCAUACUUGGUGGGACGUAACAGGGACAUUCUAAAAUUACAUAUUGUAAUCGCUCCAUUAAGCAAUGUGUGUAGCGCCAGUUCACCGUCAUUCAUGGUUAAAUAGCCUAUGACCAAUUUUACGUGUUCUUUGUGUUGAUUGUAAAUCCGGCUUUGUGUUCUUCUGUCACUGUGAUAAUCUAAUAACCCAAUGAAACUUAUUUGUGAAGGAGGAGUCUCGUUAGAAUUUUGUGAUAGCAGUCACACAGUAAAAGUGGCUUAUAAUUAGGGAUUUAAUUUCUGUGUUAAAUGAAAUUUCAUCCACAUGAAAGUUUGGGUUUUCGCAGCAGUGGAAAUGUGGAUCGUGGUAGAUUACCAUCUACAAGACUACGUGGCAUAAUGACAGAAAUUCACGUUUAUUCCAUCUGUUUCUUAUUUAAGCGAAUAAUCAAGGACCACAAACUGUUUAAAUUUUCUAGAACAUCAAUAAAAAUUCUUGGUGUUUAUCUCCGAAGCUCGCGGACAAGCGUCUGAAAAUCCGUUGACUAUGUCGUCAGAAAAUGACGCAGGUCGUACGUACUUAAAUCUAUAAAACUGAAGUUGUUUCUGAUGUUUAAGCACCACAACACCGUGCAUUAGAUGGAGGUGAGUGGUUAGCAUCAUGCCCAGGCUGCUUUGCACCCCGAGGAAAGAACUCUCAUCUCAUUGGUUACGAGGCUGGACGUUGCAUCUGACCCUGCUGGGAAUCGAAGCACAGUUUUCUAGGUCACAGUAGUAAAACCCAGAAGUCACUUUAAUAAAUCUGAAACUCGAUAUAAUCAUUACAGAAACUGUCGACGCAAUUAGGUACAAGGUAUUUUGCAAUUCGAGUAUGAAUGAAGAGAGAGUAUUUAGAACAAGCGCUCUGAUCGUGACAUAGCAACACGUAUAUGUUUGUGAAGUUUUUUAGCUUUCUGACGCCUUUUUUUUACUUUACUUUUUCCAUCAUCUUUUACACAUUAAACCUUAUUAUUUCUGAGAUGGGUUCUAUUUCUGCCUUCAUAUGAUGGGGUAAGAAGAAAUGUACUCAGGCGGCUAGCAGAAGAUCUUUUCAUAAGAUGAAAACAAAACCCAUUUCAAAAACAUUGUGUUUUAAUAUGUAAAAGGUGACGAACAAAGUUUAAGAAAACAAAAACAAGCAAUGCAUGUGUUCCAGAAAUGUCAUUGAAUGAAAUAAAGACAUUUUAAUAAACUUAACCAUUACGUACAUCGGCCUUGGCACUUGGUGAAUUAUCUAAUCUAGCGUAGGUGUUAAAAAUGACCACCGUUGGCUUCGUGGCACGGUCGACGGCAUUGAGCAACUGAAUGACAAGCUCCCAUCAAAGUUGCUGUUGUUGGACAUUCUUUAAAUAUGAAUGAACUGUUUGUUUAAUUUGUUAUGUGCAAAAAAAUUAAUUGUGAAGUUGUAUUUCAAAAUAUUAAAUAGUUCAUUGGUG